AUGGCAGGCGCGUACACCAUCAGAAAAGAAACGAAAGAGCGAAUACAGAACGAUUUAAGAGAAAAAAUGAGAUUGCUAGUGAACGUAUCUAAGGCAGGAUGCGGUAACACCAAUGAUGGAAACACAUCACGAAGAAUUUUUGCAAACCCACAUACGUCUUCUCGAAUUAGUGGCAUUAAUGCGGACCUCAUCAAGCGAUUUAGAGUAAUUCUAGAAGUAAUUUCAAGUGGAUUCACCAUAAAUGCUGAAAAGUUUGCUGUUUAUGCCCACACAACAGCCAUGUUGUAUAUUGGUUUGUAUGAAUGGCAUCCUAUGUCACCUACAAUCCACAAAGUAUUGAUCCAUGGAACUCAAAUAUUAAGCCAUGCAAUUUUACCUACUCGACAAUUAAUAGAGGAGGUGGCUGAAGCCCGUAAUAAACAUUUCAGACAAUACAGAAUUGAUUUUUCGAGAAAAUUUUCUACAGAAGACUGCAACAGAGACAUUAUGAAUUGUUAUUGA